AACAAAAUCAGGGGCCGCUCCCUGUCACCCCAUAUCUUUUUUUCUGUGUGGGCUAGGUAGUGUGGGCCGCAGCAAACUUAGUUUCUAGUAACUGCUACCGAAUGUGGAAAAAUGUUUGGUAGAUCUGCAGCAUCACAAACUGCGGGAGGGAGCAUUAUUAUAUUAAGAUCAGCCCGGUGUUGCAUUCGGUGUGCCGACCUCAUCCGUAUAAAGAGGCUGGCUGUCUCGUCCUCUUGCCUUGUCACCUUUUGACACUUUGGCCGACAUUCCAUCUCGUUCAAACGCAUUGGAUAUCCAUCUCAUACAUACAUAUAUCCUCUCCUUAACUUUAAUAAUAAUAAUAAAAAACAAACACAAAACACAAAACACCCAAAAGCCAAUACAGCACUCCGCCAGACUAUUCCAUAAUGCAACUCAUCAACAUCCUCCCCUUCAUCAGCCUCGCCACAGCCGCGACGCUACAGAAGCGAUGCAGCCCCGUGCGUGACCCGGAUUACUACCAAGGCCUCCUGCCCCCGGCGCCGUGCUGGCAGAGCUUCACGACGGCGUGCACGCCGAUACUGGCCCCGGGGACCGAGAUGUACGUUUCGAGCAACCACAGCACGGCGGUCGUGUUUGGCGUCCAGGGGUACUGCUUCGACACCAUCAAGGAGGAACAGGCGCGCGCCGCCGACGGGCGCAAGACGUACGGCUGGGAGCAGCAGCAUGGGAAGCUGACGCGGGUUGGGGACACCGACACGCUUGUCAUUUCGGGAAUGAGCAAGGAGGCGGUGGACAGGUAUCAAGCAUUGUUGCAUUGAGGGGAUUCUGCUUGAGCAACUGCUUGCCUUGGGUAAAAACAGGAGAUAAGAUAUGCAUCUCAAAUUAAAAAAAAAAAAAAAAAUCCAAAACAGCUGUACCACACCCACUAUAUAAUUCGUUGGUCGAGAACAUCCCUCAGAUAUAGCAUCACCAACAGAGGCGGUUGGGCACCAAGGUGAAGAAAACAAACUAUCUUUAGUUUCAGAAUAUUUGUCGUGGACGUGACCCUCAUCCAACAGCCCUCGAGACAGGUGAACAAAGCCGAGAGCAAAGCAAAGGGCUUACAUAUUCCCUAGCUAAUAGAGCUGGGUAAUUGUAUCCGUGAGAACCUCAACCACAAUAUUGCCCAAAGUAAGAGAUCAGUUCCUGUGGAAAAGGGGUACCGUGCAGAUAUAAACGCAGAAAAAAAAAGGAUCUCCAGUCGUUGAUCCCCCGAAGAACACCACCCACAGACGUAGUCCGGUACUGGUGGGGAGGCGUACCAACCCCUCUCACAGAUAUAUUUGCCAUGGACGUGG